AUGUCCACACACUCCUCUCCAACCAGAGGCUUGUUUCGCUUGCAAAAACUUGCACACAUUUGCAUCCUUCUCGUUCUCUCCAACAAGUAUCCACUCGGUCUUGAAUCGGAAUAUUUAUUCAUCUAUAUUUUUCAAUUACCUUUUAUUGCGGAAUUUGAAAAAACUAAACAUGAAUUAGAAAAGCUCAUUCCGGAUGAAAAGGCUUUGCAACAAUUCAUUCGAGAGCAUGCUUCCGAACAUGUCUCGUCGGAAGAAGAUGGAUUUUCAACAUCUACAAUCUUUAAACUAAAAACACCUCUCGUGAAGGGAAUUUCCAUCUCGCAGGAUCGAGUCAAAACUCGAGAUGGAAACAUCAAGUUUUUCAAACACGUGUUAGGUUCAGCAUCGUUGAGUGCUGUUGAAAUUGCCUCAAUGAUGCUCAGUUAUCCAUUGCAGGAAGCAACGCAAAAGGUUGCGAGUUAUUUCAACAAGGUAAAAGGUAAUUCUUCUUCUGAACACACAGAGUCUCUGAUGACACAGAGUAGUGACUCUAUUGACACUUUGAGAAAUGAUCCAUCACCGAUGAAAUUGAAUGAAAUUAAUGAUCAUUAUAAUCAUGAAGAGAUGACAUCUGCAGAGACAAACAUUGAAUCGUCAUUUUCAAAUGUACGAGAAAAAGUUGAAACAUGGGGAAAUGAAGACGAGGCAAGUAGUUGUGAAUUUUUCUCACCACCAUCGAUGGAAGAGAAGAAACCUCCCGAUCAACAACAGCAAGUGCCUAACAUUACAAAACCUCAAGAUGCAUCAAUAUUCGCCAAAAAACAACCCAGAAAAAGAAAAGACCAGCCAUUGUCCGUCACAACGAUCAACAACGCUGAAAAAAGUAGAGAGCACAAAAAAAACUUCAAUAUGGCUGCAUCCUCGUCAAUUAGAAUGUGUCAAGUCAUUAAUCAAAUUGAUGACUUAUUGGACAUAUUUCCUUCGACCAUCAAAACUAAAAUUCAAGAAAUUUGUCAUGAUCGAAUGGAACAAUUGGUUGAAAUUGUGAUGGACAAAGAAAGACCAUAUGAGUUUUACUUUUACGGGAACGAAUCAGAGCCAUUAAGUGAUGAAGGAUUUAUGGCAAGUGGUGAAGACAUCACUCAAUUAUGUCACAAGCUUCAUUUUGCUUCAGAUGAUCGAGCAGGUAUAGAUGGAACACUUCACAGAAUUUCAAGAAUUGAGAAUCGCAAGAACCAACCGAUAGGUCUCACCAUUCGUGUUGGAAGAGCAGUUAUUGGUUUGGGAAACGUAUUUAAGGACCUUCUUGAGAGUGGAAAGAACAUUCUCUGUGUUGGCUUUCCUGGAAGUGGGAAAACGACUGUCAUUCGAGACAUUGCACGAAUUCUCUCAGAACGAAACCGUGUGAUGAUUGUGGACACUUCGUGUGAAAUUGCUGGACUUGGCGAUGUUCCUCAUCAAGCAGUUGGCCGUUCACGUCGCAUUCCAGUCAAAGACAAAAAGAAACAAAAAGAAUGCAUGAUCAAUGCGGUUCAAAAUCAUACACCUCAAGUUAUUGUAAUUGAUGAAAUUGGAACGAGAGAAGAGGCAGCUACUGCAAGAACAAUCUCACAACGUGGAGUUCGAAUGAUUGCCUCUGCACAUGGCUCUCUGGAGAGCAUGCUCAUGAAUCCCACGUUGUGUGAUUUAUUGGGAGGAGUUGAAACAGUCACUCUUGGAGAUAGUAUGGCUGCUUUUCGAAAUGGUCAAAAAGUCAUCAUGCAAACAAAAGGCAAUCCAAUUUUUCACACCGUGAUUGAAUUUAUCGAAAAGAAGAAGGAUGAUUACAGUUGGAUGAGUCCUGACUACAUCACCCAUAAGAUGAAAGAUCAGCAACGAAAGGAAUCUCCUCGUGUGGAGUGGCGAGUUUAUACGGACAUCAAAACCACUGUUCAAAAUAUUCUUCAAGGAAAAGAAUACACCGCUCAAGUGAGAACAUUGAAAAAUGCAAAUGAUGUAAAUUCAGUCGAGAGUCGAGUCCUGUCCUUCGAACCAGCAAAUGUGGUAUUUGCUUAA